AUGCAGGCCGAUCCUGCUGUACGAAGGCUACCGCUCGAACUUCUCAUCGAUAUCUUCCUCGCAACAAAAGCUUUACACGGUCCUGAUCCCGCUAAGCUCGAUCCCCCGCCGUGCACCAACCUAUCGCACGUCUGUCGGACCUGGAGAACCGCGGCCCUCAUGUGCCAACCACUCUGGUCCUCUGUUCUUCGCCCGCACCUGGAGUGGACAGAGCUCUGCAUCGAGCGCUGCCACCAUCUACCCGUCGAGAUCGUGAUCAACCGAAGGACAGGGUUCGACAUGGGAGGCGACACUUACUUCACCCUUCUCUCUGCCCUCUCUCGAGCUCGCUCCAUCACACUCGACUUUCGAGAGGAUCGAAGGGACCCUAUCGACCAAUAUGAGUCUAUCAUGACUGAAGCUUUGAACCUGUUGGCCUUCGAUGGCUUUCCUAUGCCUAUAUUGGAGGAUCUGCAGGUUCAUCUAUGCACGUUUGAAGAUGGCAGUUGCUUCGUACUCGAUAAAGGGCUUGUAGCCUGCGAGAGCACUCCCCAGCGCUUACUGUCGCUUACAGUGUCUGGUUGUGCGUUAGGCUCGCCUCUGCGGGUGUUGUCUCCCGUGCUCCAUACUCUCAUACUUGAGAACGUCAUUCCGUGGGACACGUGCGAUGAACUGGCGCAAGUCCUUGGCUCACUCACUUCAUUGGCCGUUUUCGAGUAUACUUGGACGCAAGACCAUUUUGGAACCACCAUCAACUACGCUGAGGUCUGGGGUUCAACAUCCGCCCGGUUGCCGCAUCUAGAACGACUCGUCCUGAACGGUUAUCUCGUAGAAGACCUCUGCAUCUUCAGCGCUCUACAGCUUCCACCGACGACAGAUAUCACUUUUGCGCCCAAAACGAGUCAUGGGUACCUUUUGGAUGCAAGUCUUCCAGAGGAGGAAGCUUCGAAUGAAGCUCUCACCCUCUUCGCAGUCAACAUGGCGUCGACCCUCACCCGCCACCUGGAUGCAGCACUGCAGCAAGGGAUGAUCAUAAGCUACGCGACCGUCACCAGAAACGGUGUCGAACUUUGCCUUCAGGAGGCCAAUGAUGAUGCCGGCCAGAGUUCAUCUAGGGCCGGCUCCGAUGUUUCGUCCGUCGCGUUCGACAUCCCUCCCUUCACCACCACCGAGCGACAAGACAUCCUCUACAAAGCCUUGAUCGUCGCGGGUCUCGGUCGGUUCGAGCUUCGCUCGAUAAGCUACUCGGGAUGUCUAUCAUCGCCGGAGAUCAUGAAAGACUUCAGGCGUCGGGCGCCCGUCUUAGAAGACCUCACCUUGCUCUCCGAGGAGGAUGUGAGAGCGUUCUAUAUCUGCGCACACGUCACGCACUUUCCCAAGCUUCAGAUCUUGAACAUAGACUGCGAACUGAGCGCGCCGGCAACGACGCUGGAAAACAUCUUCAAAGUGAUGCGCCACGCGGCGGUCGGCAUCAGGAGCCGCUUAGAACUCUCGUGGACAUCGGCGACUGGAUCGCGGGAUAUGUCCACGCUCUCCCCAGAGCUCCGUUUGCUCCUUGCUCAGUCCGAGUCGGAUCUCGACUGGGCCGACGUGCCAAUCCAGAGCGCUUGA